CUGUUGUUGUUAGCUUGCUAGCUAAACAGGCUACCUGUUUCUAGCAUCACUCGCGGUCCAAAGAAAUAAUUAAAAUAAAGAUAUUCGACUCACAGCUGAGUAGCUGUUGACGAUCCACCGCCGCCCUGUCCCCGUCGUCAUGGAGGAGGAGUAUUACAGCGGCGGAGGAGACUGGGAAGGCACGGACGGUCACACGGAGGAGGGUUACGUCGAAGGGGAAAAUGACGGAAAAACCCAGGAAGAUUGUCUGCAGAAGUUUUCCAGCAGGGACUACAUCAUGGAGCCUGCGGUCUUCAACACCCUCAAAACGUAUUUCCAAGCUGGUGGUUCUCCAGAACACGUCAUCCAACUUCUCUCAGAAAACUACUCUGCUGUGGCGCAGACUGUGAACCUGCUGGCAGAGUGGCUCAUUCAGAUGGGUGUGGAGCCUGCUCAGGUCCAAGAGCGAGUAGAAAACCACCUCAAGAGUCUCCUCAUAAAGCACUUUGACCCUCAGAAGGCAGAUUCCAUUUUCACUGUUGAGGGAGAGACUCCUGCCUGGCUCGAGCAGAUGAUUGCACACACUACGUGGAGAGAUCUCUUUUAUAAGCUGGCAGAGGCUCACCCCGACUGUCUGAUGCUCAACUUCACUGUCAAGCUCAUUUCAGACGCUGGUUACCAGGGUGAGAUCACCAGUGUGUCUACAGCGUGUCAGCAGCUGGAGGUUUUCUCCAGAGUGCUGAGGACGUCGUUGGCCACGCUAUUGGACGGAGGAGAGGAGAACCUGGAGAAGAACCUGCCAGAGUUUGCUAAGAUGGUGUGUCAUGGCGAGCACACCUACCUCUUCGCCCAGGCGAUGAUGUCCAUCCUGGCCCAGGAGGAACAGGGCGGUUCAGCUGUUCGAAGGAUCGGCCAGGAGGUGCAGAAGUCCGCACAUGAGAGAGGUCAUGAUGCCAGUCAGAUUACCCUCGCGCUCGGUACAGCGGCAGCCUACCCUCGAGCCUGCCAGGCGCUGGGUGCCAUGUUGUCUAAAGGAGCCCUGAAUCCCGCGGACAUCACCGUUCUGUUCAAGAUGUUCAGCAGCAUGGACCCUCCUCCCGUGGAGCUGAUCAGAGUGCCCGCCUUUCUGGACCUGUUCAUGCAGUCGCUGUUCAAGCCUGGAUCAAAGAUCAACCAAGACCAUAAACACAAAUACAUCCACAUCCUGGCCUACGCUGCCAGUGUGGUGGAGACGUGGAAGAAGAAUAAGCGAGUCAACAUCAAUAAAGAUGAGCUCAAGUCGACUUCGAAGGCCAUCGAGACCGUGCACAACCUGUGCUGCAACGAGAACAAAGGAGCUACAGAGCUGGUGGCUGAACUCGGCACUUUGUACCAGUGCAUCCGCUUUCCAGUCGUUGCCAUGGGAGUUUUAAAGUGGGUGGACUGGACGGUGUCUGAGCCGCGGUACUUUCAGCUCCAGACCGACCACACUCCAGUACAUUUAGCUCUGCUGGACGAGAUCUGCACGUGUCACCAGCUGCUGCACCCACAGGUCCUCCAGCUGCUCAUCAAGCUGUUUGAGACGGAGCACUCGCAGCUGGACGUCAUGGAGCAGCUGGAGCUGAAGAAGACUCUGCUGGACCGAAUGGUUCAUCUGCUGAGUCGUGGCUAUGUCCUGCCAGUGGUUGGUUACAUUCGAAAGUGUCUGGAGAAACUCAACACAGAUAUUUCCCUCAUCAGAUACUUUGUCACCGAGGUGCUGGAUGUGAUCGCGCCUCCCUACACAUCAGACUUCGUUCAGCUCUUCCUGCCCAUCCUGGAGAACGACAGCAUCGCAGGGACAAUCCGCACCGAGGGAGAACAUGAUCCUGUGGCAGAGUUCAUCGCUCAUUGCAAGUCAAAUUUCAUCAUGAUUAACUGAUGUGGAAACGGACACUGAAAACAUUCUCGGUGGAGAUUGCACCAAGACAAGUUACAAGGACAGAAGAGCUGUGAUCUUGACAACAAACUGAACGUUCUGCUUGAUGCUGAAGCACGUCGCUCGGAGACGAGACAGACUUUUCACUUUGACCAAGUGAAUGAGGAUUAUUUCGUAUUGAGACAACGAAAAAGGCAAAUGUCUCUGAGUUGAUGGACUGAAAGAGAAGUACGGUAACACGGCAGAGAAGCUUCUUCUCUGAACAUGCAGCUAAAUGUUUUUCUUUUUCAACAUUGUAUUUUCUAGAUUUUAUGUUUGUUUGAGCGAUUUUAAAAUAAAAACCGGAAUGUGUAGAUUUUUACUGUGCAUUUAAAUUUUAUGCAAUCAUGAUUAAAAAAUGAUUCUCCAUAAGA